AUGACUUCAAAUAAAGAAAGCCAAAAGCUCUCUCUUUUUCCUGAGCUACAUGGGGUGUUACAGAUUGAUUGUAAUGAAGGUACGUCAAUUAUUACUUGGUUGGCCUCUUGUUUUGAUAUUCUAUCUAAAAAGAAUGUGGCUCUAUUGCUUAUAGUUGGAUGGUUUGUUUGGAAAGAGCGCAAUCUGAGAGUGUGGUCAAAUCAGUUUGUCUCUUUGACUUACUUACGGUUUCAGAUUAGAUCAUAUGACAUGUUGUUUCAAUCUACUUUGGCUACACCACGUAGUACUGUUUUGAGGGGUAGGGCAGUUUGGUCACCGCCUCCUUCCAGCUGGCUUAAGGCCAACUGUGAUGGAGCCUUUGAUUUCUCCUCCAAAUCUGGUGGAGUAGGAGUGGUUCUUCGUGAUGCUAUGGGGGAUAUUGUUGGUGGAAUUUGUUUAAAGGUCAACUUUGUUGCCUCUCCAGAUAUUGUUGAGGCCAUGGCUUGUAGGGCUGCUUGUUCCCUAGCAGUACAGUGUCUUCUUUCUCCUAUUAUGGUUGAGACAGAUUGUCAGAGUAAAGUUUCUGCUAUUGAGGCUGAGGGGAAGGAGACGUUCUUCCUUAAGACAUGUGUAUCGUGA